AUGUCCAGACCUACGCCUCGGUGUCAGGCAACAUCGCAAGCGGUUCCCUCGCCUUUCGACCCCAAGAUACAUUGGCACACGAUCUACACGUAUGAUGAUUACAUUCGGCAAAUCACUCAUCAAUGCGUGGAAACCCGUUCCUGGAGUGUAUGGGCAAACGGCCCACUAAAGUCUGAUGGGGCAGCAGCCUCAGAGGAAAACGAGGAUGCCGCAAUGGCUGGCUGUGUAGUUAAUGACCAGGACCCUGAAGCCAGCCAGGAUAAUGCCAUCAUUAUCUUCCCAUCCAUUGGUUUCCAGUGGACCCGAGGGCUCUACUUUAGUAGACAGCCACGUUCGAGAUCUUUGUUGGAAUCCAGUGGCUGGCACCAGCCAAACACCAUUAUUGUCUCUCCGCAGGAGUACCGGGGAAUCGUGGUUAACUACGCAGCUUACCGGCAGCUGAAUUUCAACUCUCCGCAACACCAUCUGGCCAUUUUCCAGUGA